UUUAACACAAGCUUAGAGAGAGUAAAGAUGAAAAUGAGCAGAGGGUUGGUGAUGCUCACCUUUAUUGUGGCUGCAGUCGUACUAUGCAGUCACCGGCCGGCGACAGCAGAAGAGCAAGUGGAAUUAGCAGAGGGCGCCAAUAGCACCACGUCGCCAUGGACACUAGCUGUACCGGGCGAUAAAUUUGGUUGCUUGAAGUUGUUCAAUUGCGCUAAGUACCCAACGACCAGCUGCAUAACUCAAUGCUGCACUUUAUUCCCCUUCACUACUAACCCUACGCGAAAUUGCAUCUGCUGGCGUUUGGCCGAGCACGUCAAUAAAGAAGCUUUUACUGCUCUUCACAAUUAUUGUGGCUUCAAGAAUCCUUGUCAACAUAAACAACAGGAGGAAAUCAACCAGCAAGAGGUGGUCGAAACUAGCAAGGCCAUGGACAACAGGAGUAGUAGAAACCAACAGGUGGCAACUUGUUGUGCAAAGGAUAAAGAAAAAAUAAAAACUUGCAUGUUAAGCACAGUUUCCAUAGACCAAUGUUGCCCAACAUACAGUAUAAUGCUGGGCCGUAACUGCGACUGCUACAAUUACGCCAAGGAUUUAGACAAUCAAGCUCUCAUCACACUUGAGAGCUACUGUGAUGUCCCCAAUCCAUGCAAGAAAGUUCAAGUGAUAUAGGAUUCUGAGACGGGGAUGGAAGUAAUCUUAGAAAUUUCUGUGGUUCUAGUUUGUAUGAAAUUUUAAUUGAAUGCAAAAGUCUCGACGGUUGUUCACUUCAA